AUGGAGUUGAUCAAGCUCUCAAUAUGUUCGUCGCGGAUCGUCGUGUUGACGUUGACCUUCUCGGUUUCAGCCGCCGGCGAGGAAUCUGAAUCGAAGGAGUUCGUGGUGACGUUGGAUCGCUCGAAUUUCACGGACUUUGUCGCGAAGCACAAAUUCGUCGUGGUUGAGUUUUAUGCGCCUUGGUGUGGUCAUUGCAAGAAACUUGCUCCAGAGUAUGAGAAAGCUGCUUCUGUUCUAAGUUUGCUUGAUCCUCCUGUUGUCGUAGCAAAAGUUGAUGCUAGCAAUGAGCAAAAUAACGUCCUGGCUAAGGAAUUUGAGAUUACUGGUUACCCUACUCUUAAGAUACUGAGAAACGGAGGCAGUGUUAUUCAAGAAUACAAAGGACCCCGAGAUGCAGAUGGCAUCGUCGCUCAUUUGAAAAAGCAGAGUGGUCCUGCUUCCUUUGAAAUCAAAUCCUCCGAAGAUGUUACCUCUGUAGUUGACGAUAAUAAGAUUAUUGUUGUUGGUAUUUUCCCAGAAUUUUCUGGGGAGAAGUUUGAGAAUUUCACUUCCCUGGCUGAGAGAUUGCGCGUCGAUUAUGAGUUUGGUCAUACUUUAGAUGCCAGACUUCUUCCCCGUGGUGACUCAUCUGUUGCAGGGCCUCUUAUCAGGUUGUUGAAGCCUUUUGAUGAACUUUUUGUGGAUUUCCAGGAAUUUGAUGUGGAUGCUUUGGUGAAAUUUGUUCAAGAAACUAGCAUCCCAACUGUGACUUUCUUCAACAAGGAUCCAAAGAACCAUCCGUUUGUCGUUAAAUACUUUAACAGCCCCAAUGCCAAGGUAAUGUUGUUUCUAAACUUUACCAACGAGCAGUUUGAUGCAUUUAAAUCGAAAUAUCAUGAGGUGGCUGAGCUUUUCAAGGGAAAGGACUUGAAUUUCCUUAUGGGUGACGUUGAGGCUAGUCAAGGUGCCUUUCAGGUUAGUCUUCUUGAGAAUCUUAUUUUUAUUUUUUUUUUCCCGACACAUUUCUAUGCUGAUUAUUUCACUCUCUCGAACACAUACAAGAAGUCAGAGCCCAUUCCCGAAGUUAACAACGAACCUGUUAAAGUGGUGGUAGCUGACAACCUCCAGGAUGUGGUUUUUAAUUCUGGAAAAAAUGUUCUUCUGGAGUUCUAUGCACCAUGGUGCGGACACUGCAAGAAAUUGGCACCAAUCUUGGAUGAAGUUGCUCUCUCGUUUGAGGCCGACCCAGAUGUUGUGAUAGCCAAAAUUGAUGCCACUGCAAAUGAUAUCCCACGGGACAUUUUUGAGGUGAAAGGUUAUCCAACAUUGUACUUCAGGAGUCACGUAAGGAGGAACUCUAGAGAAGGUGUGAUGACAUCAUCACUAUAUCGGGUGAAAUAUUCGCUCUUGGAAACAAUCUGA